AUGUUGCGCUCACUACCGACGACUCUCCGGGCAACGCCCACCCCGACCUCCAUCCUCCGCCAGUCCUCCCUCCCAACCAUCCGCCUCCUCAGUCAAACCAGCACCACCAGCACCACAGCCGCCCCAUCGGCGACAAGCACAACGCCCUCCUCCUCGCCCUCAAUACCCCAGCCCUCCGCGACGAGCCGCCGCCCAGACACCAACAACAACAACAACGACGCGACAACAACCCCCGCGCCGCCCAGACGGGGCCCCUACUUCGUCGCCCGCAACUUCGGCAACAACUUCUCCGUCUACCACCUGCGCAAGCGCGGCGGCAACCUGCGCCAGACGGUCGUCAAGAAGGUCGAGGGCGACGCGCGCUCCCUGUCGCGCGACCUCGUCGCCGCGCUGGGCCUGCCCGAGAAGGAGGUCACCGUCAACUCGCGGACCAACCACGUCACGAUAAAGGGGUUCCACGAGGAGAAGGUCAAGGCAUGGCUCGCCCAGCGCGGGUUCUAG